AUGAAGCCAUCAUCUAAUGCUUCUCAAUAAGCGAAUCAGUGGGCAUUGAAAAAGAAGGAGCAAAUGGAAAAGGCUGCUCAGAUGAGAGCAGAACGAAAACUAGCUGCAACUGGAGAAAUGGCUUUGGGUACUAAAACAAAUUAUGAUUAUGAUAAACCUCCAAGUUAGAAUUCUUAAAAAUAAUAUUACUAAUCUGAUUUAGGUAAUAAUAACGUACGAUAACAAUAAUAUGGUCAGUAGUAAUUUUAAAUGAAUGAUAUUGGUUUUCAAAAUGUUUAGCCUAACCGGCAAUCAUCCUUAGGAAAACAACAACCCUAACCCUCUUAUGAUAAGUAUGGAUAUAACUAAAAUCCUCAAUUUACAAAUAAUAAACCACCUAGUUAAGAAGGCUAAAGAAGAGUUUAACAGGGAAUCCAAUAGAAACCAUAAAUGAAUUAAGGACAACAGAACAGAUAAUAAUAUGGCAAAAUUGAUGAUGACUACGAUUAUCAAAAUAGAUAAUAUGGACAAAUCAAACAAUAAUAAUAAUAACCAUAUAAUGCUAAAUAACCUCCACCAGUUUAAAAACAAUAAUAAUACAGACCACCUUCAGGAACAUAUGAUUAAUCUAAUUCAUAUAAUAAGCCUUCUAAUUAAGCAAUAAAACCCCCUGUUCAAUCAACCAAGCAAUCAACAAAUAAUAAAAAUAAUUAACAACCCUCUUAAUAACCCUAAUAAUAAUACUACAAUCCUAUUGAUGAAAUUCCAAUUAAAAAAUCUGAUAAUUAACCUAACAUUAAUAUUCAAAAUCCUGAACCCUUAUAUGAAUGUUCAAAAGGAUGUGGCAGAUCUUUUGCAAAACUUGCUUUAUAAAAACACGAAAAGAUUUGUGUGAAAGUUUUUUAAAAAUAGAGAAAAUAAUUCGAUGCUCAGAAGCACAGAAUUAUUAGCAAUGAAUAAAUUAAUCACAUUAAAAACCAAGAUAAAAUUGAAUAAAAAUAUGAAAAAGCUUUAGCUAAAAAACAAAAUUGGAAAAAUCAAUCUGAAGCAUUUAGAGCUGCCAUUAUCGCUGCUAAAGGCGGAAAGCUAACAAACGAUCAAAAGAAUGCAAUACAAGUAGCAAGCAAAUCAAAUUUAACACAAUGCAACUAUUGUGGAAGAAGCUUUAAUCAAUAAGCAGCUGAAAGACAUAUUCCAUUUUGUGCUUAAAAAGCAAAGAUUCCUCCUAAGCAACCUUAAAAAAGGAGAUGA